AUGAAUUCACCAAAUUCUAACCAUCAUUGUUUACUUCGUCACGAUCCUGUUACUGCACGUGCCAUUUCACGUUUAAGUCAUGGAGUUGCUCGUUUGACUGCAAGCCUUAAUCCCGAUAGACAGUAUCGACAUUUUCGUACCAGACACGCAAAAUCCAGGAACAGAACUGAAUCAGAAUCUACAUUGAACGACCGCCAAUCUAUUACAACAGGUUCAAAACGUAAAUGGCAACCGGAUAAAAUUGAACUGGAUACAAUCAUGGAAUUGGAACAUUCCACAGCUGUUUGUUUGAAACCUAUGCAAUCACCACCAUCGUCGUUAUUAUUAUCAUCGUCAUCAUCAAACAUGGAAUCAUUACAGCAUGUAUCCGUAUCGAUAGAUGCUUUAAAUUUACAAACUAAACCAAUUCCACCCUUUUCUUGUUCGAAUUCUAUAUUGUAUAAAUCACUAAGCUCCGAUCAUAUUGAAGCCGUGGGACGUUAUUCUUCAGGAUCGUCAAUGCUUUCAGUCACUGGAUCAUCAGAUAAUUCUGAGAGUGAUGCUUCGUCACAUGAUGCUGACAUUGAAGAUGCAGAUCAUGGCGACUUAAUCUGUUUCAAAGGUGGUAGAUCGUUGACAAGAAUUAGUAGACGUAAAUCAUCUAUUCUCGAUAAACAUUCUUAUGAAUUAUGGAGACCAAUGGAUACUGUGUAUCAUGCUUCUGGGGGAGGCGGUGAUUCAUCGGACGGCCUGUCAAUAAAUAUUAAAAUUCCACGAUUAACAUCAAUACACUUACAUAAUACAAGUGGAUUAUAUUGUGAACAUUCAUCGUCUAGGUUAUCACCGGUUAUCUCAUCUAGUUAUCAACAAACUAAAAGAAAUACUAUCAGUGGUAUGUUAGCCUCUUCAUCAUCUGAUACGAAUCAUUGUCACCGUGGUCGUCGUAACAAGAAAUGCAAGUGUAGACCGCGAAAUAAGAGUGAUACUACUGAUGAUAAACAUGGAGAACAUAUCUGUCAUAAAAGUUGUAUCAAAAAUGGCUCACAUUCUUCGUCUAGUUCAUCAUUGUCAACUGAAGAAUCAUCCGAUGAGAAACGUUCGAAAGGUUUCAUUGCAUACAAACAUCGAUUCACCUCUAUACCGGAACAUCAGAACACUUGUGAUACUGAUAUGAUGAAUGUGACUUGUCGUAAUAAGAAAACUAUUCAAAAAAUCAUCAAAUCACCAUCUACCAUAACAGAUAACAAUCGUUGUAAAACAGUUGUUGAUCCGUUCAAUUCAAAAUAUCAGUUAGAUGAUUCAACUAAUUCAACUCUAGAUGAACCAGUUGAUCCGGAACUGGUUAAUCUUUUACAUGGAACUUGGCCAUUAUUAAGUAACAGAGCAAAAUUAAAUUAUACAAAAGCAAUGAAUUUAUCUAAUUCAAAACGAUAUCCUAAUUUAAAAAAACGCAAUACACCUAAUAAUCAUAAAAUGAAAGAGGAUUCAAAAUCUAUUCAACAAAAUUCAAUUAAAUUUCUUCCAUCUAAAUUUAAUCAAUUUUAUAUACAAAAUGAUUCAAUAUGUAAGACUGAUAAAUCUAAUCGUCAAAUGCCUACACCUCCAUGGAUGAUUAGUGACAAUGAGUCAUUACGGGAUUCUGAUGAAUUUGACUCUGAUCAUAAUAAAAAAGUACACAAUCCCUGUGUGAACAAUCAACGUCCAUGUAUUGACAAUUGGAAAGCAGAAGUGUCCAAUGCUAAACCAUUAAACGAGACCAAUAAAGGUCAUCGUUUAUUGCAAAAACUUGGUUGGAAACCUGGUGAUAAAUUAGGGCAAAAUGAUAAAGGUCUAAUCACACCAGUCAACUGUAAAGAAGAUAGUCAUUCCUUUGCGAUAUGA